GGGGCUGCGGUGACAGCCCCACUGCCUCGUGGUCCCCUCUAUCGCUGCAGAUCAUGGAUGAGGUCAAGGCCGGCAUCCAGUAUGCCUUCCAGACGCGCAACACGCUGACCCUCACUGUCAGCGGCACCGGCCACUGUGCCAUCUGGGGCGAGCGCGCCGCUGACAUGGCUGCCAGGCUGGGAGCCAACGUCCAUGAGGUGCGGAAGCCGCCAGGCGAGUACUUCACCCUGCGGGACAUCGAGGAGGGCCUGGUGCGGCACAAGCCCGUGGUGCUCUUCAUCACCCACGGCGAGUCCUCCACGGGGGUGCUGCAGCCACCGGAGGGGCUGGGGGAGCCGUGGCGCGGCGGGCCGCCCAUCCUCAUGGACCAGCAGGAGAUCGACAUCCUGUACUCGGCCCCUCAGAAAGUUCUCGGUGUCUCCCCGGGCUCUGCCCCCAUCGCGUUCAGUGAGCGAGCCAAGGAGAAGAUACUGAGGAGGAAGACAAAGCCACCCUCCUACUACCUGGACGUGCUCUGCCUGGGAAGCUACUGGGGCUGCGAUGGCCCGUCACGAACGUACCACCACACGGCACCCAUCCAAAGCCUCUACUGCCUGCGGGAGGGCCUGGCGAUGCUGGCUGAGCUGGGCCUGGAAAAGUCGUGGGUCCGGCACCGGGCCAACUGCAUCUCCCUGUGCCAGGGGCUGCAGGAUCUGGGGCUCGAGCUCUUCGUGAAGGAAGAGAAGGCCAGGCUUCCCACUGUCACCACCGUCAAGGUGCCCGAGGGCUAUGACUGGAAGCAGCUCACAAACUAUGUCUUGGACAAGCACGGCAUCGAGAUCGUCGGGGGCCUGGGCCCCACAGUUGGCAAGGUUCUUCGCAUCGGCCUCAUGGGCUACAACUCGACGCCAGCCAACGUGGAGCGGGUGCUGCGGGCCCUGGGAGACGCCCUGCAGCACUGUCGCCGGAGCCAGCUGUGA